AUGGCGCAGGACAUGCCCCCAAGGGGCGGGUACGAACCCGUCCAGUACAAGCGAAAUCUGCCUGCCAAAGGGUUUCGCCCCGGCAUCUUGCUACUCGGAGUUGGAGCGGUGAUGGGCUUCGGCUGGUAUAAGCUGAUUGGAGGCAUCCGUGAAGCCAACGAGCUGGCCCGUGAGAAGAUGUGGGCGCGUAUCAACUUGAUCCCUCUCCUGCAAGCCGAAGAAGACCGCGACCAAGUCCGAAGAUAUUGGGCCGACCAGAAGCGCGAGAAGGAGCUGCUGGGCGAAAACACCAAGGUCUACAACAACGAGAGUCGAUUCGUCCGACCGACCUUUGCCGUCUCUCCUGCACCCUCGAAAUAG